GAUUACUUCACACACACACACACACACACAAAGGAGGAGUUCUCGCUCCUCAGGAAUCCCUGCAAGCUCGGAUCGCUACUACGAAAACAUUUGUCUCAGUGGAUUAUCCUCACUGUCAGCAGGAGCCCAGCCAGAAUGAAACUAGUUCACGUAGCCCUGCUCUAUCUCGGCUCUGUGACCUUCUUCGGGGUGGAUGCUGCAAGAGUGGACGUAGCGACAGAGUUCAAAAGAAAAUGGACAAAAUGGGCACUAAGCCGAGCCAAGAGAGACGUGAAGCCUGCGGGCUUGCUCCGAGGGCUGGGGGCUGCCGCCGACGUGCUGCCUCUCAUACGCACCCAGGACGUGAAGGAGGAUUCCCGAGUCUCGCCUCCCAGCAACCGGGAGGAUGCUCACAUCCGCGUCAAGCGCUACCGCCAGAGCAUUAACAGAUUCCCCCACUUCCAAACAAAGGCGUGCCGCUUCGGGACGUGCACGGUGCAUUGGCUGGUCGACGAGCUCCACAGGGCGGCCGUCAACGAUAGGAACGAUGCCGCCCCCCCAAACAAGAUCAGCCCCCGGGGCUACGGCCGCCGGCGGCGUUCGCUGCCCGAGCGCCGCAGCCCAGCGCGCUCCCCCAGCUCCGGGCGGCGCCCACGGACGCGCCGGGCGCAGCCCCUCGCCGCCUUCCUCGGAGUCUAAUGCGCCGCAAGACCCGGCCGAGGCCGCCUCGACGGAUGGACUGAGACACGGGCUGAGA